GUUAAGGUCAAUUUUGCUCUGCCUAGUCUCUAAUAUCGUCACAUUUGCUCUUCAACAAUCUUUUCGUGCACCUUUGGCUUGAAUUAUAACCACUUAUUUUACAUCCUAUUUACCCCUAAAUUUCCAAUUGAGUAAGUUCAAGCGCCCUUCCUUUCUGUGCGUCUGAAGUCACAACCAUAGCUGAUAGCAGGAAGGCAAACAUGUAACAAAAACACCGUGAAAAUAUAGUGGUGUGACGUGCAAAGUUCAUUAUCAUCAUCAUGCGAUAAGGAUUAACGCCGAUCACGUCCUGUUUACAGUAUCACACAAAGUCAUUAUCUUCAAGAAUCAAGAUCGAAUCUUCGGCUAAGUGUAUCGGGCCUUUCGUCAGCUCAGAGGAAUAUAGCUUGUCGAGCUUUUACUUGAGUCGGUUUUAUCCUCAAAUCAUGUUAAGGAGAUUAAAUUGUUGCUUAGUUUUGUUUAUGUUCUUGGUGGGACUGGAGAGUUGUGGACUCUUGCAUGCCCAGUUUAUCCCAGGUUUAGAUGAGUCGGGCGAACAAAGCAGUGAAGCUCCCACCAGGACUCCCGUAAUUUUCAUUCCAGGAGAUGGUGGUAGUCAGCUGAAUGCCAAGCUGAACAAAACAUCCACUGUGCAUUAUCUUUGUACAAAACAAACAAAUGAUUACUUUAAUAUUUGGCUCAACUUGGAGCUCCUAGUGCCUAUCGUUAUUGACUGUUUGAUUGAUAACUUACAGUUGCAUUAUGAUAACAAAACGCGAACAACUUCCAACUCACCUGGCGUUGACAUCCAGAUUCCAGGCUGGGGCAAUUCAACAGUUGUGGAAUGGAUUGAUCCCAGUUCUGCCUCGAGUGGAGCGUAUUUCAGUCACCUAGCUGCUGCACUCCUACCCUUGGGAUAUGACCGCGGUGCCUCCCUUCGCGGUGCACCCUAUGACUUCCGCAAAGCACCAAAUGAGAACCAAGACUUCUUCACCAAAAUGAAACUUCUGGUGGAAGACACGUAUCAGCAGAAUAACAACACACCAGUACUUUUAGUAGCACACUCAAUGGGUGGGCCCAUGUCCCUCCUUUUCCUGCAAGACCAAACCCAAGCUUGGAAGGAUAAGUAUAUCCGUGCAAUGGUGACGUUAUCAGGAGCAUGGGGAGGCUCUAUCAAAGCCCUUAAAGUCUUUGCCAUCGGUAAGUGGAGAGACGAUCUGGGAGAGUAUUUUUUACGAAGCUCUGUCUUGCGAGGUGUUCAAAUGACAAUGCCAAGUGUGGCAUGGUUGCUUCCGUCAGACCUUUUCUGGAAGCCGAAUGAAGUCUUUAUUGAGACGGAAUCCCGCAACUACACCCUCGAGGACUAUGAAGACUUUUUCAAUGAUAUCUCUUAUCCAACUGGAUGGGAAAUGCGUAAAGAUGUUCACAAGUACGCUCAGCGCUUUGCACCUCCUGGUGUUGAGGUUCAUUGUCUUCAUGGUUAUGGUGUUAACACAGUUGAAAAGAUGAUUUACAAAAAAGGCAAAUGGCCUGGUGGCUACCCAACUUUUUCUUUUGGAGAUGGAGAUGGAACUGUAAAUAAGAGGAGUUUGGAAGGCUGCGUCUACUGGACUGGAAAACAGAAACAGAAAGUCUACCAUCAGGUGUUCCCAAAAGUCGAUCACAUGGACAUUUUGCAGGAUAAAAAUGUUGUGUCAUACAUCCAAAACCUUUUAGUGAAACUGUGAACAUUACUGAGUGCAUCCUGGUUACCUGAUUUUAUUUUCUACUAACCUCAUAUCAGUCAAUAUAAUAGAUCUGUAAGAGCUUUUCUUUUUUCUUUCUCUCUUUUUUCAAAUUUGUCUGCUUUAGUACAGUCAAAUUGCCUGAAAGUCUCAUUGUUGUUAUUUAGUCUUGUAAAAUGUUGCCUUAGCACAGUUUCGUGUUCAAGUUUAUGUAUUGACAAGGUGUCAGCUAGAAAAAACAAAGGCGAAGAAGUGUCAACUAAGAAUUUUAAACCAAUAAAACACUUUUUUGUUUAAAGGCAAGUAAAAAUGUUGUAAUAAGUUCAUUUUGCAGGGGCUUAAGGUGAAUUUGGGUUCCCCUCAUCAGCCUGGUAAUCAGAUAAUGGAUUGCCAUCCAGAGGCAGGAAGCCGAUCUAGCUUUAACUGAUAACUGAAAACUUGUAGGCUUAUAACUAUUGAAUAUUUAGGAUAUUCAUGUACAGAGCAGGGUUACAUUUUGAUGCAACUGUACAAAUAUGGUGGGGAAAAACUAUGGAGGCAGGAAACGCCUCUCAUCAGCUGGCACCUUUCUCUUCAAUUAACUGUAAUUUUUGAGUAGUUCAUUUUUUUAUGCAUAAAAAUUUGUGUCAUAAUUUUAUACAUGCAUCAAGUCAAUUUUUGUAUCUCUUUUAUCUUUUAGUUCACAACAUGUGAUGAAAAAAACUCUUGCAAAAGCAAUUUUAUUUCUCAUCAGAGUAGAAUAAAAUAAAUUGUUGAAUAAUACUUGAUCAAAUAUGUUAGUCAUGAAUCCUAGAAAUUAAACUAUGGUUUUUCAGACUACUUUUGACCCAUAGUUUUAUCAUUUUGAAGUAUACUCAUUACGAUCAAGAACAUGUAAAUGAUAUUUUUACUCGUAGGUUUUAUGUAGUUGUAAUCAACAUGACAAUAUUUAAUUUUCGAAAAUAUUGGUAUGUAUGAGCAUGUAUUCAAACGAGAAAAGUGUAUUUUAGUCCUUGAAGUGUAUUUGUUGCAGAGGGGUCAUAAAAUGUAGUAAAAUGAGUAGAUUUCGAUGCAAGGAGGUGCUAUUUUUGUUACUGGAAAAGUGGAUUUACUUAAAACGUUUUCCUCAGAAGAGUUAUUGUGAAAUCUUGAUAGAUAUGGUAGAUAUGAUGCUCCUGUUGCCAGCAUUUUUGCUCCAACUCACCACAGCAUUUGAUUAGUUCCAAUUUAGGCACGAGUUAAGCUUUUUUCAUACUGGUAAUGUGGAGUUUACCAAUUUUUGUAGGAAACAAAAUAUCUUCAACUCUGCAUUUUUGUCAGACUCAUCACAUUAAAACUUGACUAGGAACCAAGAAACUUAUCUUUAUCAAGCUAAUUAUAAUCUAAACAAUUUUUAAGAUUUCGACUCAUCAAAUCAGUCAGAUUGCUCUCUUUGGAGAAGCAGCAAAAAUAGAGAAAAAAUCCGACUCAUUAGAAUUUUUGACUCAUCAUGCUUAUCCGGUGUAUCAAGAUUUCAUCAUAGCUGAAGAAAUAGUCAGUUUGUACAAGCAUUGAAUUCAUUUUGUGGAUAUUUUUCAAUUCAUGGUUAUGAAUCAUCAUGUUAUGAUAAGAUGACAAUUUUUUGCUUCCACUUUUAAAAUAACUUUUUAUAUUUCUUCAUUUAAUGUUAAUGAAGUUAAGCAUUUGAAACAAUCAUAGAUUGCUGCUUCAGGCCUUCAGCUAAAACCCUCGAUUCCUCCUAACUCAUUGAGCAAAAAGCAUUUUACCUUUAAGGUAUCGGCCAUCCUCAGUUUUGUUCCUUACCUUUCAAUUGCCUUAUCAUUUUAUAUCCCCUCUGUAUUCUUAUGUUUUCGAUCUCCAGUUCAUCCACAAACAUCACCCGUGGAGAGAAUCUUACACUUCUCUCCUCUUGCAGAUACCUGCAAAAAAUUAUACAAUUUUAUCCACUCCGGUCUAUGAAGACCAUAAUGUCAGUUCAUGGUCUGAUGUUUUAUUUUUUACAAUAGCUUUAAGGUCUGGUAAUAUUUCCUUUUGCCCUGAGUCAGAGGCAGGGUAUGUAUUUAUUUUAGUAAUGCGACUGAUUGUAAAUUUUUCACCCCUGAACAUAGCUCUUCAAUUUUAUUGAUGCAGAGUUCCCUUUUUGCAUAGAGGCUGUUCAGGUUUUAGUCAUGAACUGGAGGGCGAUGAUGUGGUCUCAAUUUUCGAAUGUAUCUGUGAUUAAUGUUACACUUGUGUCAAAACAGUUUCAAGUUUAAAAACUGUAUCUAAGGCGCUUCCGAACAGAGAUAAGGAUGUUCACCCUUUAUUUUGGCUUUGAAUACAUAUCAAAGGAUAUUUUAUGAGAAAAAGACAAAAUAAAAGAGUUUUCUCACUAAAGGGUGAUUCUGUGGAUUAUUCAUUUUGAAUGCUUCUAUUGAGCACAUAAAUACUUACCAUUUUCCAAGUAUCCAUGCAAACCCUCAUCUUAAGUUAUGAAUUCUGUCAGGCCAAUGUUUGGAUAAACAAAACCGGAUCCAUUCUUUUAUAAAUGAGAAAUAUAGGUAAUUUCAGUGAUCAAAUAAUGUGUAGAAAUGUUUUCUAUGUUUCAAAGUUUCAAACUGUUUAACAAGAGUGUAAUUGUUCAUCUGAUCAAAUUUUUCUAUAAAUUUAAGUAAAAAAUUGGGAAAAUGCAAACCUAAGAAAUUCAUGCAGUUUGUGAUUUUGUCAUGAGAACAUUGCCUUAUCUUCGUAAUGUUGCCAGGAGUCAAUCACAGAAGGAGAAAAUAAAAACGAUAUGGACUGUGAUAGAAUUGCAUUCGUGAGAAUGUUAUUUAAGAACAUUUACUUUUCAUCAGUGCUGAAAUUUACAAAAGAAAUUUGUGAAAAGCCACCUACUUAGUGUCUAAAUAUUCAAGGUCAUUCAGAACUAUUCAUUGUAAUACUAUUUGCUGAAAAAUAUGCUGUAGUUAAAAUAGACAUACUCCAUAGGGAAUAACUAUUUCAAGAUAUAACAAAAAAUAUCAUGGGUUUACCUAGAAACCAUCAUUCAUGAAAAUAUUUUUUGGAACAAGUCAAUUUAAAACAGCUACAAUUUAAGUUUUUCUAAUUGCUCGUUUCCCAUAAUCAAAAUUUAUUUAAACAUCAGUGUAUAUGCAAGUUUCCUUCAUAUUUGUUCGAAUAUUCUAGAAGUAAACUCCAAAAAUCAAACUGAAAUAUACCAAAAACGCUGAAAUUAAUCCUAUUGUGCCAUUCAAGUCCAGUCUAAAAUUAUCUGCUCACAGUAAGCAUCUUAUACCUCCGAUUUUGUUGUCAGACAACCAGUGCAAAGUUGUAAUAGACGUUUAUGUGUUAUGUUAAGUACGAAUUAUUCAAACUUUUCUUUUUAUUUCUAAUUUGUUUAUCCCCUGAUUUUUUCCGCCCAAAAGUUUUGUAGAAUCUUAAUUUUGUCUCUCUUGAAGUAUACUUACAUAUUUUCUCAUAGAAAAGCAUUUUUUUAUUAAGUACCUACAAGAAAUAAAUCUAGUUUGACAGAA